AUGUACUGGCAAAAGAAAACAAGGAUUUCUGUUAUAGCUGAUGCCAUGAGUCGUGACAUGUUUUCAGUAAUCAUAGCUUCUCUGAAAGUCUUUGAUGAGAGUCUGUUGAAUGCAGCACAGAGGAAAUCAGACAGAUUUCAUAAGAUAAGACCACUCAUAGAUUGUGUUCGUUCACGCUGUUUGGAGUUAGACAGACCUCAGUAUGUCUCAGUUGAUGAAAUGAUCAUUCCAUUUACAGGCAGAACACACCUUAAGCAAUUUACACCUCGGAAACCAAACCCACAUGGCCUAAAGAUCUUUGUUUUAGCUAGUAGUGAUGGCCAAGUCCUAGAUUUUGAGUUUUUUCAGGGUAAGGAAGACUUGCUUUUGAAUGUACAAAGAACUGGACUUCAUCUUCCAGAGUGGGGUACCCUUAAGAUAGGAGAAGCUGCAGUCCUAAGAUUUGUAAAGUCAGUCAGUAGAGGUACUAGUUUCUUCUUUGAUAGGUUUUUUACUACACCUAAGCUCUUAGAAAUUCUCUCAUCAUUAGGAAUGGGAGCUACAGGGACAAUGAAGAAGAACCUUGUGCCAAAACAGUGUCGAUUGAAGACAGAGAAUCAGUUAAAGAGAUCCGGCAGAGGUUCCUCUGACUGUGCAGUGAGAGAUGAUUCUGCUUUUUGUAUAACUGUAUGGUUUGACAAAAAAAACAUCAUCUUAGCAUCUAAUGAACAUAGUAUUCAGCCAGUAUCUACUUGUCAGAGGUGGUGUAAAAGAGAAAAACGCCACUUAGAAGUGGAACGUCCUAGGGUUGUUGAGCUAUACAACUCAAAGAUGGGGGGCGUUGAUAUUAUUGAUCAGUAUGAUUUUAAAUUGGAAAUAGCUUAUUCUUUGAUUUCUGAAGAAGUUCUAAAUGAUGACAACAGUGAGUCUGAGAUUUCAGAGGAGCAUGAUGACAUUUCUAGAAAAAGAACAAGGCCCCUUCCCAUUGCUGCAAAGCGUACUAACAGUGCAUGCCAUAUGCCUGAUGCAUUACCCCCUUAUGCUUCUAGAACGAGAUGUCGAUAUCCAGGGUACACUGCAGUCAAAAGCCCCGAUGGACCAAAUUUGGGCCAAAAUUUAAAGGUCAAUAUCUCUAGAACUACUCAUGAUACACAUCUAAAAAUAUGCAUGUAG